GUGAUGAUUUAUUCAGCUUAUAGGCGGAAGGGAAGGCGCAAAGUCCGCUUCGGUUCGUGUCUAUACAAAAAGAUUGAGCAGCGCAGCGGUGGUGGGUAUUCACAAUCUUUAUCAUAUUUUUCCCUGCUUCUUACACUCGUUUCAAAGCCUUUGUUUAUUCUUCGUGUUAUUGUUUCAUUUUACUACUUUGAUUCAUCUUACCGAUUCAUUCAUUUCUACCACGUAACCGACUACUCAAUCAUGCUUCGCACGACUCUACUCGCGACGGCGGUCCUCUCCAGAUUCGCCUCAGCGCACACGGCAGCAUGGGCAAAAGGAAUGUACUGCCGUAACGGCAUCAGCGAACACGAAGAAACCAACACAAACCUCGCCGUGAACCCGCUAUACAAUCUCCCCAAAGAAGACUGGUGGUUCCAACACGACCGCGGCUGCGACCGCGCGCCACCCCCAGCAGGUGAAUUUCUCGAACUUCCUGCCAACGGCAACUUCACCGUCGAGUUAGCGGGUAACCGCGGUGUCACGACGCUGAGCUACGACGGCAAACAUGCUACCGACUGGCCCGACGGUGAGCAGCAUCCCGAGCAUUGGGACGCAUGGGAAGGGGAGGGGAGUCCGUGCAAUACUUAUAUCGGCUCGCUGCACACGUACAACGAGACCAAUGCUGCUGGCACCGCGUGGGCCAUUAGCUACGAGAGCGAGCUUGAGAAGGUGACUAUGGAGAAUUUGGUGGUUUUUAGUGUGCUAGAGCACACACCUUGGAAGAGGAUGGCGACGUAUCAGGUGCCGAAUUUGCCCAAAUGCCCGGAGGGAGGAUGUACAUGUGCGUGGUUGUGGGUGCCUGACAACUGCGGACAAUCCAACCUGUACAUGCAACCGUACAAGUGCAAUGUCACACAAGCAUCUUCCAACAUCCCCGUCGCCAAAGCCCAGCCUCCUGUAUACUGCGCGGACGACAAAUCCAAGUGUGUCAAGGGCGCAAAGCAGAUGAUAGCGUAUUAUCAAGACAGCGGUAACAAUAUGUUUGACAUCAAACGCCCCGCUACGCCCGGCUACAACGAGAAGUGCGGGUGGACAAGCGGACCGCAGCGCGAUAUCUUCGAGAGCGAUUCCAACGGUAACCAGUCGCGAAGCGGGGAAGUAGUAUGA